CGCUCGACACUGAGGGAUCACAUUGACGCCACACAGUUGUAAAGAAGUCUUGGUAAAAUUGGCCUUUGAAGUCUGGUGUAGGUAGAAAGCACGUCGCCUUGACCGGUAUCAUCAUGUCUCUCCCUGCCUGCCUUGGUAUCCUGCUGCUGGCUGCAUUGCUGGUAGCUCAACCUACUUUUGCAUGGAUUGAGGGGCAACAUUCAGUCGACUUAAUGAACGCCUUGGACCUUGGCAACUCGCAAACAGCUGAACGUGCGGCCUCGGGAGUGCGAGAGACGAUUGAGGCGUUGACUGCUGAGUACGUCAAGCAGUGCAAGCAGAACAACAUGGACGGCGUCAAGAACUUGUUGGAUGAGCAGAUCAUCGUCAUGCCACAAGGCUAUGGGGUCCUUGAAGGAAAAAGCAAUAUCGAUCCAUACUUGAAGUGGAUUGAAGAUGUGAAGGAGAUAACCAUGAACUCCAUCCAAGUGGAGCCCUUGGAUAGCAGCGCCACCUACGUCUUCCAACGCUCAGAAUCCGAGGUGACGGACUUGAGUGGCACAAUCAGUUUUAAUGGAAAGAGUUUGAGAAUUUGGAAAAAGGAUGGUGACGGCACUUACAAGAUUUACAUCGACAUGUACAACACCGGUCGAUAACCAGGAGGCUGUAAUCAAACUGAGGCACUUGAUGCAUAGACGUUAGGUAAAAGUCAGAGAGCACCUGCUUGAUUAUCCUAAAAGUUAAUUCAUCAUUUCAACUGCAGUUCAGUAUCGAAAUUAUUCAACACCACUCUUUAAAAUAAUAUUUGCACCAAGGUUCUGAGAAGGCUGAAAUAUUUUUUUUUGUCGACAUUAUUCUCUUGAGGUGUUGGACAACAGUUUUAUCGGGUUAGCGUCCAAAUGGGCUUUAAAUUUCGCCAGAGCAGCCAAUAGUUACUGUUGCGACACACUGCUUAUUAGUAAAGCUCUUCUAUCACUUGAUUGAGAUUAAUAUUCGAUUGACCUAUGACACACUUAGGUACAAGGCAAGGCCUCUUUGUUUGACCGACUUUGGUAAUGCCCUCUUUCUUGUAACCACUGGAAGCUACAUGUGUAAGACAACGGUAUGAUAAGUCUACAUUUUGAGGGAUGUUUAAAAACUACUUCCCAUGACAAAUGACCAUAAUAGUGAUUAUUCUUAUUUCUGAAAAUAUUUAUAAGAAUUAUUAAUUAAAUGGAAGAGGGAAAUUGAUUUCAGUAAAUUAUUUGCAUGAGAAA